AUGCCCCCGCAGACGAGCGACCCGUAUACAGCCAACGCGUUCCCCGUCGCCGCGGACGCUCACAGGAAUCACCUGAAUAACGUACCGAACAGGAGCGCGUCGCCGUACGACUCGCGCUCAUCCACUCCUGACCCUAUUGAGUUCACCGCGCGGCGCUGGGACGAGGCGACCAAGGCAAAUGGUACCUCUCUCUCGGUAGACGAGGUGCGCAAGGAGGAAGACUGCGAAGGGAUCUCCGAGGUGGGGGCGGGGCUGCGUCCAGAGGAGGUAUACGACAGGACGAUGAGUGGCUGGAGAGCUGCAAUUCGCAGGAGAGUGCGCAAGAAUGUCAUUUGGGAGUCAGUCAUACUUGGAAAGAUGCAGGAGUUUGUGCGUCACCCGAUCCUAGACGGCUACUUCGUCUAUACAUCGUCUCUCGGCACCCAUACGUUCUUUAUGAUAUCUCUCCCUGCACUGGUAUUCUUCGGAUAUACCCAAGUUAGCACAGGUCUGAUUCUGGUCCUCGCCAUGGGCGUGUAUGCAUCAUCCUUCUUGAAGGAUCUUGUGUGUUCUCCCCGACCCUUUGCACCGCCGGUGACAAGACUAACUAUCGGAACCCACCAUCUUGAAUAUGGGUUCCCUUCGACCCACUCAACCAACAGCGUCUCGAUUGCAUUAUAUUUCUACUCUAUUCUCAGAGAGGCAUAUACCCGCUCGGCCGAGUCUGAGCAUGCGCAUGGGUUAUCCAGCACGUCAUAUUACAUCCUCAGUGGCGUGCUCCUGUUUUAUGUCUUCUCCAUUGUCUAUGGGAGACUUUACACGGGAAUGCAUUCUAUAACGGAUUGCGUCGUUGGCGUCCUGCUCGGCGCCGGUAUUUGGGCUGUGAAUUUGGUUUGCAACGACUUGUUGCACGCAUGGAUAAGAGACUCUGGGUGGAUCGUACCGGCAGUGACGAUCCCUCUGUGCUUGCUCCUCGUCCACCGGCACCCACAGCCUGUCGAUGACUGUCCGUGCUUCGAAGAUGCGAUUGCAUUCAUAUCUGUCAUCAUGGGAGAGAUCCUCUCUCGGUGGUACAUGCUGCAUAAUGGCUACGACGAGAACUACUUUGUACUCGUCAUGCCAGGAAAGAUGUGGGGAAACUGGUUUGAAAUGUGUACAUGGUGGUCGGUUGCGACCAUAAAGAUGACUUUUGGCAUACUGAUCAUUUUUAUGUGGCGUAUCUUUGCUAAGACAAUCAUGCAUAUCGUCCUCCCACCUAUCUUCCGAUUGCUCUCGCAGGCUUUCACCCUUCCCCACCGGCGCUUCUACACGCCUGCCACCGAUUACAAGAAUGUUCCUGCAGAGAAGGGGUUACAUCCGAUUCCCUCUGUCAUCGAUCUGACGAGCAUGAUGGAGAUGGAGACGGAUGUAGGUAAUGCCAGUGCGAGCGGUUUUGGGGUCGGUCUGCAGUACGGCGGCAUCUACGGGGAGCGGAACGUUAAACUCAGAGGCGCGAAAGGAAGGGACCGGAGUGCAAAUCCGAUAUUCCACGGAAGGGGGGAGAAGUCCGGGAUCCUUCUGUCAGCAGACGAAAGUGAUAGAAACCGCGAAGAUGUCAAGCACUAUGAUGCUGACGUCCUGACCAAGGUCGUCGUGUACAGCGGUAUCGGUAUGUUUGCGUGCGGCGUCAUCCCUGUUCUCUUUGAAGCUGUGGGAUUGGGCCUGCGAAUUAGCUAA